GGACCCGACGGAGAUGUCAACAAUCUCCAACCUCUUUAUAACACAGAAAGUGUGACAAAAAACAAAAAAAACACUUAACCCGGAUUUAUUUUUCUUAUUUAUUAUAUCUAUAUUAGCUGUUCGUUUAUUAUUUAUUACUUUUAAAUCAUUUUCAGUACUUUUUUCCGACAUGGCUUCAAACAGUGAGCCUUUGGAAAUAGCUGGCAAUGAGCUGGUCCACAUACUCCGGACCCCCUGGGACCGGUACGCCUGCGCCGGGCCUGUGGUGCUGGACUGCAGGCCUUUCCUCGGUUUUACCUCCGCGCACAUCUGCGAGUCGCGCAACGUCAACUGGAACUCGGUGCUGCGCCGCAGGUCCAAGAGCGCCGUGGUGGCCCUGGAGUGGCUCGUCCCCGACAAGGCGCUGCUGGGCCGGCUGCGGCGCGGGGACUUCUCCCCGGUGGUGGUGGUGGAUGUCAGCAGCCGCUCCGUGGCCGAGCUGAAGGCGGACAGCGUGGGCCACAUGCUGCUCGCCGCCCUGCAGAACGAGGUCCACACGCAGAUCUGCUUCCUUCAGGGUGGAUUUGAGGGAUUUACAGAGGCCUACCCAGAGCUGUGUUACAUCUCAGCCAGCAAUCACCUCUCUGCAGAGGAGCCAGUGGUGACGGGUCGGAUGACACCAGCAUAUGAUCAGGGUGGUCCCGUGGAGCUGCUGCCGUUCCUGUUUCUGGGCAGCGCCGUCCACUCCUCCCGCAGAGAGACGCUGGCAGCGGCGGGCAUCACCGCCGUGCUCAACGUCUCCUCCACGUGCCCCAACUUCUACGAGGGCGACUUCCAGUACCUGCGGCUCACCGUGGAGGACAACAUGGCGGCUGACAUCAGAGCCUGCUUCUCCACAGCCAUCGCCUUCAUCGACUCGGUGAAGCAGAGCGGCGGUCGGGUGCUGGUGCACUGCCAGGCGGGUAUCUCGCGCUCCGCCACCAUCUGCCUGGCGUACCUCAUGCACACGCAGCGCGUCAAGCUGGACGAGGCCUUCGACUUCGUGAAGCGCCGGCGGCAGGUCAUCUCGCCCAACCUGGCCUUCAUGGGCCAGCUGCUGCAGUUCGAGACCGACGUCCUCUGCCGGGGUUGAGGGCGCCGGCCCCCGUUGAGGAGAACCGCCCCCCUCCCCGUUCACAUGCUCCUCCAUCUCCAUCCUCCUGGUCGGGACUCGUCUGUCCGAGCGACCGGUUAGCACGAUUGAAACUGUCACAACCAGAAAUGUAUUCUUCGUACGUUUUAGAGGGAACAAAACCUGCCGCGUGCUGCUGGCGUCACAUGGCGGGUGGAUCUGGGCCUCAUGGUGGAUCUGGUCCUCAGGGUGGAUCUGGUCCUCAGGGUGGAUCUGGUCCUCAGGGUGGAUCUGGUCCUCAGGGUGGAUCUAGUCCUCAUGGUGGAUCUGGUCCUCAGGGUGGAUCUGGUCCUCAGGGUGGAUCUGGUCCUCAUGGUGGAUCUGGUUCUGCUUUUCCCGGAGAAACUGACCAACAGUUGGCGACGUACACAACUGUGAAUCUGAGCCCUGGGCGACUCGAGUUGCAUCUCAUUCUGGUGUCGUAUCCUGAGGUGGAUCCCACACUAGCUGGACUUUUUAUAUUUUGUAUUAUGUAAAUAGACUUUUACUUAUUUAUGACUUCAACAUUGGUCACAACAUCGUGAGCAUUGUUCCUGCACUUUACGGCUUUUGGCUGAUUUCCUGCUGUGGUUUGUUUUGUUUGUUUUUUACCACUAAAAUAAAAAACACACACCGGGUCUGUCAA